GGCUGGGUAGUCCUUUGAAGAUUCGCAUACCACAAUGGCAGUGAUUACAGCUUGGUCAGUUGCGGCAGCUGACUCUUCUACAGAAAUGCUCUCUAGUGUGGGCACAGAUACUUCUACCAGGCGUUUUUUGUUUUCUAACAAUGGCACUUCUGUAGUGACAGGCGCUUCCAGCAAUAGUAUGGGAGCAGUCUGCUCCUCUUGUACAAGUGGCAUGGCAGGCUUGCUAUCCUCACUGUCUUUGUGUUUCCUAUUGUCUUUGAGUGCUAUUUGGCUGGAUAUUCUUAUACCAGAUAUCAAUAGAUAUAUUUUUAUUUUAAAAGCUGUCUUAAAUCUACUGUGUCUUCUAUUUAACACAUUAACAAUAAAAGAAGCCAGUGAGAAAACCAGAUGA